GGAGGCGGGGUCGGGGGCGGAGCGUCGCCGCGCAGAGAGGAGCCCCCCGCCCUCCCCGCAAUUGGCCUGCGUCGCUCGCCGGAAUCCGGGUACUGCGGGCGCAUCUGCUCGGCCCUUUCCGCUCGUUCUGGGCGCCCGGCCUGGGCAUGCAGCUGCUUCGAGGACUGCGGCUCUCGGGGCUCCGCGCCUCCGCAGGCCCCGGCGCCGCGGCCCGAGCCCCGGGCGCCAGCCGCUGCCUCCGCCCCCCGCCCCGCCCCCGCGCGCCGCCCGCCACUCCUCGGCCCCGCCUCCGCCCCCUCCUCGCGCUUCGCCCGGGGUCGCAGCGCCCGGCCGUCGUCGCCUGCAGAGACCGGUCCCUCGCCACCGCCGCCUGCAUGGAGCUCCCCGGAGCCGGGGUGAAUUCCAAUGAGUGUGAAAGUGUAUCAAGCAAACAAGAAAUGUCAGAAGAAUUUGAAGCCAACACCAUGGAUUCUCUGGUAGAUUUGCCAUUUGCUACCAUAGAUAUUAAAGAUGACAGUGAAAUCACUGAUGUUCCUAAAGUAAAUUUGGAGAGAAGUAAAGAAAAUGGAUGCCACAAUAAAGAUCAAAUAAAGAAGAGGAAAAAAAAGCGAAAAGAUUAUCAACCCAACUAUUUCCUAUCCAUUCCGAUCACCAACAAAGAGAUUACAAAAGGAAUUAAGAUCCUGCAAAAUGCAAUAAUACAACAAGAUGAGCGACUGGCCAGAGCAAUGAGCAGUGAUGGUUCCUUUCAUAUUACCCUACUAGUGAUGCAGUUACUGAAUGAAGAUGAAGUCAACAUUGGUAUUGAUGCUCUUUUGGAGUUAAAGCCAUUUGUAGAAGAAAUCCUCCAAGGAAAACCUUUGACUUUGCCCUUUGAAGGGGUUGACACUUUCGGAAAUCAGGUUGGAUUUGUGAAACUGGCAGAAGGAGAUCACAUAAACUCACUUUUGGAGAUAGCAGAUGCUGCAAAAAGGACGUUUCAAGAAAAAGGUAUUUUGGCAGGAGAAAGCAGAACUUUUAAGCCUCAUUUGACCUUCAUGAAAUUGUCCAAGUCACCAUGGCUCUGGAAGAAGGGAGUGAAAAAAAUAGACCCCAAACUGUAUGAAAAAUUUAUCAGCCAUAGAUUUGGAGAAGAAGUGGCACAUUGUAUAGAUCUUUGCUCCAUGCUGAAGAAAAAGCAAAGUAAUGGCUAUUAUCACUGUGAGUCUUCAAUUGUCAUUGGCCCAAAACCUAUUGGAAUCCGGGACUUAAUUAAUGAAGCUUUGCGUCGAGAGAGGAUGGGUCUGCAGUCCAAAGUGAAAGAGAUAAAAGCACUUUUAUUAAAGCCUGAGAUUCAGGCCAAAAUCAGGAGGGAGCUCUUUGAAGGAAGAUUCAUUAACAACAGUAAUCAAGGAAACGAUGUGGAUUUCAGCACAACUUUAACAUAAACUCUACAUUGCUGCCAUAGUACUAGAGUUUAUGAAAUCUUUUCAGCUCAUUAAGUAACUCUUUGGUGAAUACUAAAGAAGUAUUCUGAUAGUUUGCACAACAGCAAACCAACAUUUGGUAAGGUUGCUUUGGAAAGAAAAUUUCUUUCCAAAGAAAACUGAAUUCUGCACUGUUAUUUUUAAGCUAAACUUGUGUUUUAGAAUGUUUAUCUCUGUAAUAUCAAGAUUCGUUUUAUAGAAGAGACUUCUUAAUUUAGCUGUUGUGAGAUGUUCCUUGAGUCCUCACAGAUAAAAUAUACAGAUUGUGAAAAAUCAUUUACUAAAAAAAACAAAAUAAAACCCAUUAUUUUAAGGGUCAUUUGUUUCCUGUUGAUAUGACUUGGGUUGUUGUUCAGUCAAAAGAAGCAUUGUUCACAUGUAUCUAUAUCUAGUGUUACUUUUAAUGAGACUUUGAAUGUUUAUUGAUCACUAGUACUUGAAUGAACAUUUAUAAAUGUAAUUAUUGCAGUCACUGGUUAAGAAUGUUUUAUAAUUUCAUAUGUAUUAUUUUUCAAUGAUUGAAAUAUAGUUUGCUUUUUCAUUUCUUACUGAAUGUCGGGGUUUUUAUUUUCUACUUUUCUGAAGAUAAGCUAGCCCAUGUCUUAUUGUAUCCCGUAUAAUCUGAAUUUGCUUGCACUGGUUCAUUUUUAAAGAAUAUUCUUUAAAAUUUUCCUUCCUAUAUGAUAAUCACUGGUAACAGCUUUUUCUAUAAUCAUUGUAAAAUUGCUGCUACUGACAGAUCAUGAUGGAGGGGGAAAUUAUUAGAGAUCAAAUAUGUAAUCAUUUCAAAGAUAAAAUCCAGUUUACUCAUGGAUUUUUGCUAUUUUUUCACUGGGUAAAUUAUAUUACAUUUAUUUAUAAGUGAGUUUAUGCAUUUUCAUGCCUCUUAAUAAAUGUAUUGUUUUCCCUUGUU